AUGAUCGCCAGUACAAUCGUUCUCUUCUGCGCUGCUGCAGCCGCUGUUGCCAUUCCGGCCCAGUCCUUGGAUUCCGACAUUCUUCGGGCUCGUGCUGUGGUUGCCUCCACUGAUGGUAUCUGUGGUGCCUUCAACGGAUCUGCCAGCUGUGCAGGCACCGGCUUCGGGAACUGCUGCUCCCAGUUCGGUUACUGUGGAAAGUCCGAUCUUCACUGCGGUACAGGCUGCCAGACUGGCUUUGGAUCCUGUGGGGUCCAGCCAGGUCCUAACUUUAAGGAUCUCGGAUGCUUCGCUGACAGUACCUCGGCUCGUAUUCUGCCCACUUUGAUCAGCCACGCCGGAAACACCCCCAUCAAGUGUAAGGCUGCUUGUGCCGACGGUGGCUUUGCCUACGCUGGUCUUGAGUUCGGUAGCCAGUGCUGGUGUGGAUCUGCUCCCCAGCAGAACCUUGUCCAGUCCCAGGACUGCACCAUUGCUUGCCCCGGUGACAGCACUCUGACUUGCGGUGGAAGUAAUGCCAUUGAGCUCUUUGCUACUGUUCCUACUUGGUUGAACCUUGGCUGCUACUCUGAUGCCACUCUUUCACGCACUCUCAGUACCUCCCUCAACAUUGCUGGCAACACCAACAAGAAGUGCCAGGAUGCUUGUGCUGCUGCUGGUUACAGGUAUGCCGGUACUGAAUUUGGCAACCAGUGCUUCUGCGGUAACACUAUCGACAACUCUGGUGCCCCUAUUGCCGCCUCCACUUGCAGCAAGGCCUGUGCUGGAGACUCCACCGCUACCUGUGGUGGACCUAACGCUCUUAGCUUGUUCUACCUCCUUUGCCUGGGCGCAGGACCUAGCUUUGAGGUUAACAAGAAGCUCUUUGCUUUGACAGGGGAGCUGCCCUACUUCGUUGCUGUCACGCGCCUCGUCAUCGCCCGCGUGACAGGUAGCACGAAACAGAGAGAUAAACAAGUUCAACGAUCUGGGAAGCGUCUGGUCAAUGUCAAGCAUGUUGACCCGCGUACACUCUACGCUCGCACCCUGCAGCUGAGCAACAAAUCUCUUCUCAUCAUUUACGAGAUUUACUCCCCGGAAGAUCCACUCUCUCUUCCAAUCUUCCGCUCCACAGAUGGUGGCGCGAUUAGGAAAGAGCACUCGCGAUUCACAGACCAGAAAGGCAAAUUGAUCCUCUACUACUCUGAUCAACGCGACCUACGCUACGGCCAGAAACUGGUCUACAUCACAACAACUGAUCUGAGACACUGGACCCCCAUUGUGAAUGAUGUCGCUAUGAACUACUACGACGGACGUCCCGGUAUGACCACGGUUGUACACAUACCCACCAACGAUAAUUACAUCAUGACAUUCGAAAGCUGCGGUGCACCCGUGAACAACUGCCAGGUUCACGACAUUGUCUCCAAGGACCCGACAAAGUCCUUCGGCAAGCCUAUCCAACCAAUCGUAUCCAACGACACAGCGGCGGUGAUUCCCUGCGGCUCACCCUUCGUCAUCUGGGCUCCCCUCAAGACUGGUAGUGAAGACGGAGCGCUUAUUGCGAACGGCAACUCUGAUAGCGACGUUUAUAUCAACAACUACAGAGCACUUCCGGGUACCUGGAAGAGACUAGAGAGUCAACAUCAACCAGAAGAACGGUUAUAG